AUGACAGUUGUACAUAUGGUAAUGUUCAAGUUCAAACCCGAUGUUUCUGAUGAACACAAGGCAACGUUUGUCCACGAACUGAAGAAACUGAAGAACCUCUCGUGCGUGAAGGGGAACCGUCUGAUUGUCGGCGGGCCGUCCGUCACGGAUCCCAUCGAGAGGAGUCAGGGAUACCACUAUGCCCUCAUCAGUUACCACCAGAACAUGAAGGCCUUGGAGGAGUACCAAGCAAGUCAUGAGCACCAUUGGGUCACAAGCACAUAUCUAUUCCCCUUCAAGGAGGAGCUCCACCGUUUUGAUUUCGAGGUUGAUCCGGAAGACGAAUACAUGUGCGAUUUUGGGACGACGACAAAGAACGGCUUGGUAACACCAGAAGAAAGCGAAGCAAGUGCCGCGAACAGCCCGUCGAAGUGA